AGAACAAUGAACCAGAUUCAGCAUUUGAACUCUCGACGAUCGCUAUGUGUAGUGCAGUCGCAAGUAAUCGUAUCCAAACGCACCCUAGCCUAUUCCUGAUCCUAUUUGAUAGCCACUUGAAAAUUAUUAGAACAUCAACUGUUUUAUUCGUACAUGGAAAGAUUUUCCAAAAACAUCAUGUCAUCACUAGGUCACAGAAAUUCUGUGAAGAUUUGAUGAGAGACAUCCUUUUAUUUCCCUCAUUCCAAGAAGAAAACCCAGUGCACUGCUCAACAUCUGUUGAAUUGAACAGAAAUGAACAGCUUUUCUUUCAG